AAGAAAAAGAAAGCUUGCAGACGUAGAAAUAGAAAAUCUACAAGGAAAAAGAACCAAAACUCAUGAGACCAGGUCAAAAAACACAGCUAGAAAAGCUGCAACAACCUUAACUGAAAGAAUGGAUGAAAACUUAGAACACACUUCAAUACAAGAGGACAUGCCAGGCACAAUUAACAGAACCAAAGGCCUCCUCUCAAACACUUUAGACAUGACUUGCGACGUAACAGCGUUGAAAGUGGAACUUUCUAGAAAGAAUCAAACUUUUAAUGAAAUAAAUGUAGAUGGCAAUGCACAAUCUGAAGAAAGAAUAGAGAUAGAAGCAACUUCAGCAUCUAUAAAUGAGAACAAUACUGAAGACAUGAAAACUGCGCAAGAGCUUGAUGAUAACAGUUUUACAGUAGUUUUCAUGAAAAAGAAAAAAGGCAAGAAUGUAGUAACUAAUAUUGAAAGGCACAGUCUGUAUAAAAAGUCAAAAAGAAAUAAGAUUCAACAAAUCUCUUUCACCAAAUCAAAUCAGAUUUAA